AUGUCACCAAAUACCGAGGAAGAACCACAACCUGCGCCCACAUUUAAGGGCCGCCUCAAGCUUGACACUUUCCGGUUCGAGGAUAAAGAGCGUCGAAGGAGUCCACGUCUUUCCGAGACACCCACAGGGCCAGCGGGGAAGAGCACAUCAUCAGCCACCACACUUUCGGUACCAUCGUCCCGCGGGGCCUCUCGCUCUCCAUCUAAGCGCAAAGCGCAGUCUCAGCUAGAUGAUGGGGUCAGCAAUACCUCUUCUCCCUCAACAUCAUCCGCUACCAACGUAGCUUCACCCUCCGGCCGAAAACGCUCCCGGCAGAGUUCCUCCUAUGCGCCCCCUUCAACUUAUGCACAUCUCCCCCUUCUCCCCGAUGCCAUCGCUCCCAACCUCCUCAUCCUCUUCAUCGGACUCAACCCCGGCGUCCAAACGGCCCGCAGCGGCCACGCCUAUGCCCACCCGACCAACCGCUUCUGGCGUCUCCUCCACUCCUCUGGCGUGACCCCGCGCCUCUGCGCGCCCACCGAGGACCGUCAGAUGCCCGCGCUGUACUCGCUCGGUCUGACCAACAUCGUUGCGCGGCCUAGCCGCAACGGUGCCGAGCUGAGCAAGGCCGAGAUGGACGAUGGUGUGGCUAUUUUGGAGGAGAAGGUACGUCGCUGGCGGCCUGAGGCCGUUUGUGUUGUGGGGAAGAGUAUCUGGGAGAGUGUUUGGCGCGUGAGGCAUGGGAAGGCGAUGAAGGCGAACGAGUUUCGGUAUGGGUGGCAGGACGAGAGCGAGAAUAUGGGGGUGUUGGAGGAGGAAGGGGUGCAAAAGGAGGAGGAGAAGGAGGAUGGGGUAGUGUAUAAUCCUAAUUGGAAGGGAGCUAGGUUGUUUGUGGCUACAAGCACGAGCGGGUUGGCCGCAACGCUGAAGCCACAAGAGAAGGAAGAGAUUUGGAAGCAGUUGGGCGAUUGGGCAGUGAAGAGAAGGGCGGAGAGAGCCGCUGUUAUCACUGAAGGAGAGUAA